AUGCCUUGUUCACGACCCACGCUUGGAACUGGUGGGGAGCCAGCGAGCCAGCGAGCCAGCGAGCCAGUGAGCCAGUGAGCCAGUGAGCCAGUGUCACGGAUGCAGUGCGCAAGGCCGCAUUGGGCGUCGCCGCUGUUUCUCCGCCUCGGAAGCGCACGUGGGGUGGCGCAGUAUGUGGCGAGGUGAGCUAGCCCGCUUGGGGGAGCUUGGGUACCGAGGUACUACGCGGGGUGCACAUGCGUGCUCCUUUGACCAUCGUGAGACAUCUAACCUCGUCCGUAGUGCGGGGAUACGAGCAUCGUAAUAGGAGAGUUAGCUCUUUCUGUAUCCAUUCCUUUCAUCUACAUCGAUGUGAUAUCAGCUUCAGACAGCCCACCGAGGCUCUACGACAACAAACCCUCCUGCGCUCUAACGCCAUAUUGCCACCAUGUCUCUCACAGCAGAGCCCGUUUCUCCCAAAGCCGCGCCGCUUCCCCCGCUGCCAUCCGAGGAUCCAUUGACUGCAGCGCAAUGGAGGACGCUUUUCGCCAUUACCGACGCCAUCGUUCCGGCCAUCAAGCCAAUCGCGACCGCAAGGACGCAGAGCGAGAUCGCGGCUACAGACAAUGAGUACUCGACCGCCAUUACCACCCUAAAGAGCCUUGCCCCAGACGCCCAUGGAGAAGAGGUUGCCAGAGCGUACCUGCAAGAGAGUGCAUCGUCCAACCCAGCGUUUAGGGAAGACUUUCAAAGAGUUGUGGCCUUGUGUCUACCUCAGUCGAGCAGGAAAGAGCUGACCAUGGUGUUGAAUAUCCUCAACACCCGCCCUGGAUCCUUAGUUCUCACCGGCUACGUGACACCUAUUGGCGAUCAGCCAGUCCAUAUCCGCGAAUCCAUCAUCCAGAGUUGGGCAACAGCCAGGCUCCCUCUCCUCCGCCAGCUCUGCCGCUCGAUGACGAUGCUCACCAAGCAGACGUGGAUCAAGACCACGAAUACCCUCCCACGUGUGUUAGGCUUCCCUCGUGUACCCGUUGGCAUGGUCCCCGGCAAAGGCUUCGACUACGAAUUCAUCCAGUUUCCUCCCGGAGACAAGCCGGAGACUAUCGAGACUGACGUCGUGAUCGUCGGAAGUGGCUGCGGAGGAGGUGUAUGCGCAAAGAAUCUCGCAGAAGCGGGAAAUAAGGUGAUUGUGGUCGAUAAUGGGCGUCAUUGGACCCCAGACCACUUCCCCAUGUCUGAAGUAAACGGAUGGAACCAUCUUUUCAUGAAUGGGGCUUUUAUAUCCUCCGACGAUACGUCCGUCAGCGUUGUAGCUGGUCAAGCUUGGGGAGGUGGUGGCACUGUGAACUGGUCUGCAUCCCUUCAGACCCAAGGCUUCGUUCGUCAGGAGUGGGCAGACAGAGGCCUCUCAUUCUUUACCUCUGCCGAGUUUCAAGAAUCGCUCGAUCGCGUCUGCGCCCGUAUGGGCGUUUCAACCGAUUACAUUGAGCAUAACCGAACGAACCAGAUGCUACUUGAAGGCGCUCGGAAGCUGGGUUAUGCUCACAAAGCCGUUCCUCAGAACACCGGAGGUAAGAGACAUUACUGUGGGCACUGUACGUUCGGCUGCGGCUCGUGCGAGAAGCAGGGACCGGUAGUUUCUUACCUGCCCGACGCGGCCCGAGCCGGCGCUACGUUCAUCGAAGGGUUCCAUGCUGAAAAGGUCAUCUUUUCCAGGAAAAGCGGAGAGAAAGUCGCGACGGGAAUUAGGGGCACAUGGAGGUCGCGGGAUGUCAACGGUGGAGUUGCAGGCGAUCCGGUUACCAAGCGGAAGGUCAUCAUAAGAGCCAAAAGGGUCAUCGUGUCCGCAGGCACAAUGCAGUCGCCGCUUCUGCUCCUCCGGUCUGGGCUCAAGAACUACCAGAUCGGGCGUAACUUGCACCUCCAUCCGGUCUCCUUCCUCGGCGCUAUUCACAAGGAGGAAAUCAAGCCCUGGGAAGGUGCUAUCCUCACCGCAGUCGUCAGCGAGCACGAGAAUCUGGACGGGAAAGGCCACGGCGUCAAACUCGAAGCGUGUAACAUGAUCCCGUCGACGUGGCUGAGUUGGUUGAAGUGGGGCGGUGGGCUGGAGUACAAGCUCAAUGCUGCUCGCAUGAAGCACAUGGCCGGGUACUUCUCCCUUGCGCGGGACCGAGACACUGGUCAAGUGUACCCGGAUCCCGUGGAUGGCCGCGUGCGCUGCAAGUACACGACUUCAAAGUUUGAUAAGAAGCACAUUAUUGAAGGGCUCAUCGCUCUCGCGAAGAUGCAGUACGUCGAAGGCGCCGUAGAGAUGUUCACCACAAUUCCAGGCGUUUCGACCUUUGUGCGCGACCCGUCUUCUUCCACGGCAAACGGCAUCAACGAGGAGAAGUUCCAGGCUUGGUUGGAAGAGAUCAGGGCGGUCGGGUUCCCGAGCCCUGAGAGCAUGUUCGUGUCGGCUCACCAGAUGGGGACGUGUCGGAUGAGUGCGACGGAAAAGGAGGGCGUGGUGGACUCUGCAGGCAGAGUGUGGGGAACGAAGGGGCUGUAUGUUGCGGACGCGUCUGUGUUCCCGUCGGCAAGCGGGGUCAAUCCGAUGGUCACCAAUAUGGCCAUUUCAGACUGGCUUUCACGGGGCAUUGCGAAGGGGCUCGAGGGCCGGCCCAAGCUCUGAGGCACCGCCCGUUGCACGCUCUUCCAUGUAU